CUUUGCCCAUCCCCAAUCUGCACUGAAGCAAAUUCCUGGAAAUGCACAUUAGCCUAUUGCUAACAACACAAAAUGCCUAAGUCCGAGGAGGCUGGCGUUACUCAACUGGCCAAGAGGCAGAGAAGGAAGCAGACUAUUUGGACGCGCGAGAAGAUUGCCAGGCUGAUUGAGCUGUACCGCGCAUCGGAUUGCUUGUGGAACCACUACUCCGAGCUGUACAAAAACAAGGACUGCAGGGCUAAGGCCAUCAGUUCCAUCUGCGACUCCCUGGGGAUAACUAAGAACGACUAUGGCAAGAAGGUGCACAAUCUUCGUAACCAAUUCAAUUCGGAACUCAAGAAGCUGGAGAGACGACUUGAGGAGUCUGGAGGGGACUCCGAGAAGACCUGUCGAUGGGAGCACUUCAAAACGCUGAUGUUUCUGCGUUCUGUGAUAGAACCGCGCCCAGGGUAUCAGCAGGGACCUCAGUGCAAGAAAAUGAUCACAAAGCUGGACUUCAGUUUCUCCGAGCAAGAAGCGGAAAAGCACAGUCAAUCCUCAAUAGAAAGCUUGGAGUCCGUGUUUGUAAAAAACGAUGUAGAAACCAGUGAGGUUCCAAAGGUCAGCGAACCCACUCCUUUGCCUCCCGAACCUGCGCCGCCGUGCAACUCAUCUGCUCCGAGUCGAUUGGCAGAAUCACCCACUGUUUCCGCGGCUGUUCAUAUACCACCCAGUGGUCGGGACCAAUGGGACGCCUUUGGCGAGUUAAUCGCCAGUGAAUUCCGCAACCUGAACUCCGAAGUUUCCCGCAAGAGGCUGAAGCGAAGGAUUAUGCAAGUUAUGCUAGAAGUCGGCGAGGAAGAUGAUCUUGAGAUUCCAAGUACAAACAGUUGAUUUUAGAAUUAAGUAAGGGCAUCGUUGUACAGUUCAAGUAAAUUUUAAAUAGAUA